CACACAGUCAGUCAGUCAGUCGUCUAGUCAGUCCCUUUCGGUUACUCGCUCACUACGGUCAACCCCAGGCAGUCCGCAGGUUUACGACGUCUGUCCCAGCUGUAGCCUUGAUUCGGAGAAGAAGACAGCGAGGAGGUACAGGAGUCCUUGAGUGGAACCAUGCACACACUGGAACAAGCCCAGAACGAAACACUGCAAGUCUCUUUGCAGUACCCAGAUGUCAUGCCGUACGAUGCAGACGCUUACAUCAAACCCUCGGGAAUAUUCUGCUCCUACUUCGUGUCUGAGACGGAUUCCCACACAGAGCAUUACUGGAGCGGAGCUGAGCCACACGGGAUGAGCUUUGAGCACUAUGACGGGGGUCAGUUUACGCAGCUGCAAAAUGUGCCGGUGUCGCACAUGCAGUCCCUCUACCCGCAGUACCCACUGGAUGUGGUCAACGCCCCCGAGACCCCCCUCCAUCUGCACGCCCCCAGCUCCCUGGAGGAGGAUUACACUCAGGGUGUUUACCCGAUACUCUACCCGCCUUAUCCAGCCUCCAAUGACCCGUCCAGCUCAUCUACCUCCGAGGACGAUGACUAUAAUGUCGGCAGCCCGGUCCUCGAGGUGUCAGACAGCGAGUUUGAUGAAAACGUUCCCCCAAGAGAAUCCCCCAACCACGAUGGAGGAGCCAGGAAGAAGGUGAGACUGUACCAGUUCCUGCUCGAGCUGCUGAAGAGCGGGGACAUGAGGGACUGUGUGUGGUGGCUUGAUCGUGAGAGAGGGACCUUCCAGUUCUCCUCCAAGCACAAGGAGCAGCUGGCCCAUCGCUGGGGCAUGCAGAAGGGGAACCGGAAGAAGAUGACCUACCAGAAAAUGGCCCGCGCGCUGCGAAACUACGGCAAGACCGGAGAGAUACGCAAGAUCAAGAAGAAACUCACCUACCAGUUCGACGGCACACUUCUGGGUCUCAAACGGGCUGACAGUCACUCCACUUACUUGCCCUGAACCCUCCCCC